CGGAGAGGACUGGAUGUACGCCAUCAACGACAACAUGCCGCACAACCUGCGCCUGAAGAACACCUCCAACAUGGACACGCACAACCUGACCCUCAUCGACGACAUCGUCAGCGAGUUCUUCACCAAGAGCAAGAUCGAACUGGUGACUUACGUAGCCACACUGGCCAUCGCUGAGCUGCUUCGCUACGACUUCAACAGACAGCAAAAUGACGUAGCGACGUGCUUGCAGUCGUCUUACCUCAACUUCCCCGAACCCCUGAUGAGCCUGUUCGUCAACGAGCACAUCAAGAAGAGCAUUGUCGAUAACUUUCGCAUCUUCUUCGAGAACAUCAAGAAAGAAGUGUUGGACACCGUUUCCUCCUUCGACUGGAUGGAUCAGAACACGCGCAUCAAGGCUCGGGUCAAGGUGAGCACCGUGGGCUUGCGGACUGUGGAGAGCACCACCCGGGAGGUGAACGCCGACGAAGAGAAGAUGUCCGGCGACUUCAUGGCCAACUACGUGGCGAUCGCGCGCUACAACAAGAAGCGCGCCAACCGAUACCCGGAGCCCAGCACCAAGCUGCAGCAGAACCUGGACCUCAUCAUCGGGAACGUGUACGUCGACUACGAGAAGAACGUCAUCAGCGUGCCCGCCAGAGACCUGCUGGAGCCAGUCUUCUUCGAGGACGCGAAGGAGAAGUUCGUCAACCUGUCGUACAUAGGCAGCACGGUGGCAGCCGAGAUGGUCUCCGUGGCGUUUUCACCCUCCGGCUCCAGGUACGCGGCUGGCGGUCUCCAGAUAGACUGGUGGCCCGAGCGGGUGAACACAAGCUACGACAAACGCCUGCGCUGCUACCUGUCGGAGUACCGCCAGCUUUCCAAGGAUUUCGUCCAUUCGGGCAAUUUUUCGGCCGACGCGACGCCGCCGUCGGAAGUUCUGGAAUACCUGAUGACGUACAGCCGCGGUCUGGAGAUCUCCUACAAAAUGGCUGACAUCACGGACACCAGCAACAAGCAGCUGUUUUUCACGCGCUUCUGCCAGGCGCUUUGCGACAGCAACGCCAACAAGAACACGUACGCCCGCAAGAGCCUGAACGUCAGGCUUGCCUGCAUGUACCCUCUCUUGCACAGCGAAGGCUUCCGGGAAGCGUUCGAAUGCGAACACACGCACACGCUCUACCCGAAGGAAAGCUGUCCGCGCCUGUAGCCCACAACACGUCGCUGGCCACACAAGCUGCGGAUUCUACUGUGUUAUCUACAUUGGAUUUCGCAUCGUCUUGGCCGACAAUGGAAUUUACUCUGGAUCUUGUGUCGUGUUUGUCGUAUAGUUGAUGCACUGCUGCCUGUAGCCCAGAAGUACACGUCGGUGGACACGCAAGGUGCGGCUUCGACUGUGGCUUUUGCUUUGUUUGGAUGUUUUGUCGUUUUGGUCGACAACUUU